CCGGUCCCCCCUUGCCAACCAGCAAUGGCCGCGCCCUGUACCCGCCAUGCCGCCGCUCUCGCGUUGGGCCUCAGGUCGCUGCUUCUCUGCGCUCGCCGCUACCCCCGCGGGCCCCGUCUCGGCUGGGGCGGCGUGCGGGGCGGCAUGGGCCUCGGCGCAGGCCUCGGCGUAGGCCUCAGCUCGGCUCCCGCGAGCAGCCGGCGACGCUGGGCGCACAACAGCGCGUGGAGUGCGAGCGGCGUCAGGGGCCAGGCCGAGGUGGCGCUUGGAACUCGGAAGCUUAAGAUCUCUACGGGGAAGUUGGCGAGGUUCGCAGAUGGAUGCGCUAUCGUUCAGCUCGGGGAAACGGCGGUGAUGGUGACGGCUGUCAGCAAGGCCAAGGCGGCCACAGUGCAGUUCAUGCCGCUGGUGGUCGACUACAAGCAGAAGGCCGCGGCUGCUGGGAGAAUACCCACAAACCACCUCCGGCGAGAGCUCGGGACCACCGACUUGGAGAUCCUGACGAGCCGAGUCAUCGAUCGGUCCAUCAGGCCUCUCUUCCCGGCUGGAUAUUUUUACGACACGCAGGUUAUUUGCAACCUCCUGUCGGUGGACGGGGUUAAUGACCCCGAAGUUCUCGCCAUCAAUGGAGCAUCAGCAGCGUUGGCACUCUCUGACAUCCCGUGGGAUGGACCCGUGGGUGCGGUGCGCGUGGGCAUCGUGAACGGAGACGUGGUCAUCAACCCAACACGGCGUGAGCUGACCCAGAGCUCGCUCAACAUGAUCGUCACGGGUGGGGUCAGCAGCUCUGUGGUGAUGCUGGAGGCCGCGGCCGAGGACGUCCUGCAGCAAGACCUGUGCCACGCCAUCAAGGUCGGCGUGAAGCACACCACACAGGUGGUGCUCGCCAUCCAGCAACUGGCACGACAGCACGGGCGCGCCAAGCGCACGCCGCAGAAGCUGUGGGUGCCCCGCGCCGACAUGGUGGAGAGGGCCAGGCAGUUGGCAUCAAAGGAGGUUUACGCGAUAUUCACAGACUACACUCACGACAAGAUCUCGAGAGACGAGGCCGUCAACAAACUCCGCCUGGAGACCGAGGAGCAGCUGCGUGCGUCGUUCACGGAUGCUGAGCAUUAUGACAUCAUCGAGGCCUUCAACGUGAUUACCAAGGAGGUUUUCCGAGGACUUAUUCUCAACGAAUACAAGAGGUGCGACGGCCGCGAGCUGUCGGCCCUGCGCGACAUCGCGUGCGAGGUCGACCUCUACCGGCCCCUGCACGGCUCGGCGCUGUUCCAGCGUGGCCAGACGCAGGUCCUGUGCUCGGUGACAUUCGACUCCAUGGAGUCGGCGCUCAAAACCGACCGCAUCGCUGCGCUCGGCAGCGGGGUGAAGGAUAGAAACUUCAUGCUUCAUUACGAGUUCCCUCCAUACGCCACCAACGAGAUCGGCCGAGUGAGCGGACUGAACCGGAGAGAGCUGGGCCACGGCGCGCUGGCGGAGAAGGGCCUGCGGCCCGUCAUCCCCAAGGACUUCCCCUUCACCAUCCGUGUCACGUCCGACGUGUUGGAAUCCAACGGCUCGUCCUCCAUGGCGUCCGUGUGCGGAGGAAGUCUCGCUCUGAUGGACGCUGGCGUGCCGAUCUCUAGCGCUGUGGCGGGCGUGGCCGUGGGUCUGGUGGCGAAGAUGGACCCAGAGAAUCCGCGGGACAUCUCGGACUACCGCCUCCUCACCGACAUCCUGGGCAUUGAGGACUACUUUGGGGACAUGGACUUCAAGCUCGCGGGAACCAAGAAGGGAAUCACGGCCCUGCAGGCUGACAUUAAGCUGCCAGGAAUACCCUUGAAGGUGGUGAUGGAAGCCAUCCAGCAAGCCACGGUGGCAAAGUCGGAGAUUCUGCAAAUCAUGAACAACACCAUCGCCAAGCCCAGGCCCAACCGCAAAGAGAGUGGCCCCGUUGUCGACACAAUCCAGGUGCCCUUGUCCAAGAGGUCGAGGUUCGUGGGGCCCGGUGGGUACAACCUAAACAGACUGCAGGCCGAGACGGGCGUCACCAUCAGCCAGCUGGACGAGGAGUCGUACUCCGUGUUCGCGCCCACGCCCGACGCCAUGAACGAAGCGCGCGAGUUCAUCGACAACAUCUGCAAGGACGACCAGGAGCAGCGGCUCGAGUUUGGUGCCGUCUACACGGCAACCAUCGCGGAGAUCAGGGAUUCCGGUGUGAUGGUGAAACUGUACCCCAACAUGACUCCCGUGCUUCUGCACAACUCCCAGCUUGACCAGAGACGGAUACAGCAUCCCAGUGCGCUCAACCUUGAGGUGGGACAGCAGAUUCAGGUAAAGUAUUUUGGGAGGGACCCAACGGACGGCCGCAUGCGUCUCUCACGCAAGGUGCUCAUGGCGAUGGGCUCCCAAACUCCUGCGAAGACGCUCGGAGACCGCCAAUCCAUCUCCAUGACCGGAGACAGGCCCCUGGCCAUGCAGGCUGACAAGUAGCGCUGCCGAACCCCCCACCCCCGCACUGCGGUGUUACAUCGUGGGACUGGUGGCCAAAUGUGGUCACAGCAGAAUAAUUGAAACCUCAUGUUGCUCUUCCUUGUCAAACUCAUUCGCCUGGAGUCCACUCUUCUCUCGCCGCUGGAUAUGUGGGCAUCAACCUUCGUCCUCGGCCGUCUCUGUCAAAAUAUAUUCUGCAUGAAUAUCUGAUUUCUACAGCAGAUUCAGCCUGGAGUAAAAAUAUUGUUUUUUUCAUCGCGCACUUAAUGGACUGUUAUCCCCAUUCAAGAAUGUUGGGACUGCCGGGGUCCGAAUGAUUGUUUCCUGCCAAGUUGAGUGAUUUAUUGGUUGGUUGUGGACUUGCGAAGGCGAUUGUAAAACCUGUUGUGGCCUCUGGAAUGUUUUUUGAGCUCUAAGGGUGUCUGUUCCCGCACAUCAGAAUCAGAAUCUUUUUUUGAGACUGGAGCAAUCUGAUGAGCUAUGAAGCUCUUUUUCACAUGUCCAGUAUGUCCACAUACUUUGUUUGGUCAAGAAAAUAAUAUGGGUUAACGUUCUUGUUGCCGGUGGUUGUGUUAGCUUGUCGCUCAGUAUUUUAAUAAAGAAUAUACUCUGUACAUAUAUCAACUGAAAUUACAAAAGAAUGUGAAUGAAAUUGUUAUAUAUCAACUGCUUGCGGGGUUUGUGUGUAUGUGUUUAUUAAAGAUAUUAUUGGUUAUUUCACGACUUGGAUUUGAGGCUGAAAGCUUGUAUGUGGUAGUUAUGUUUGCGAUUCAACUACGUGAGAUUUGUGUAGCAGUGUACAUUUAAAGCUUCCGGUUGAAGCGUUAUUGAGUGAACCGCACAUUGUUUUAUAGUUACUUUGUGCAUUUGGAUAAAUGGUCUUGGUUGCCUCAUAAAUGGUUUAUGUGGCAGUCUUCACUUGUUUGUUGCUGUACGGGAAGAACCAAUAAAUUAAUGUCGCACUUGUUCCCAUCUGAACUAUAAAAUCCGUGAAUUUAUUUGCACGGUAAGAGAUACUCUAAUAUGUUAUAAACUGCACAUGGAUUUAUUAGUUACAUAAUGUGUACUGAUUCGUAAUUGUUCAUGUACCAAACGUGUCUUUUUAAAUGUCACGGUUCAAAUCUUUAUUGUUAAAUUACCACAUUGCUAAUGUUGAAAAUGUUUGUCACGUUUCUGCUGUCAAGGCACAUUGGUCUGAAAUGUUAACUUGUUUUGGAGAUUUCAGUUGUGAAACGGUGUUAGAAAUUAGAUUAAAUCAGGGUGUACCAUGGAGCACUGUGGGGGGAGAUUUUGAUGUACACUGCUGCUGUGGAUGAGGUGUUGUGACAUAUUUUUUUCAAAAGUGGUCAACACUUGAAUAAAACAAUUAUUCAUAA